AAUAUUCUGUAAACAUUCUAAAGGUCUGCAACGUACAGUACUUGUGCUUUAUUCCAAUGCCACAUCAGCCUUCCCAUCCUGUUUCCUGCCACUGCUCAGCUUAUUUGUUUCACUUGUGUACUUAAGAGGGGUGACCCUGUUUUGUUGUUACUCAGUUAGCCAGAUACACACAGAGGGAGAGAGAGAGAGAGGGGAGAGCUAGUGAGAGAGACAGGAACUUUGGAAAUACAACCGCCCAACAGCUAACGGUAUUUUUAAGAACUGUGUUGAACUUCACACAGACUGAGCUGGAUGUUAAACAUUAGUUUGGACCAAAAGCAAAAACCAAAAGGAUGAAAUGAGGUGACAUUUAAUGAUCUAUACUUGUGUUUCUCAUGAUGUUUGUCUCGUUCCUGUUUGUGAUCUUCCCCAUACUCCUCAUCGACUGCAAUUAUUUGGUGAACUACUGAGCCAUGAGCGUCCCGAUAGUACUUACUCUUCUCGUGCUGUGUACGGCCAAAGUCCAGUGUGCUCAGGAAAAUCCUGCAUGUCCUCGAAAAGAAUCCAGUCCUGGUGUGCUGGCCUUGAACAUGGGGUCAGAGGUCAUCCUGGGCUGCAGAGGCGAUAUCACUGUGGAUAGCGUGCCAUUGGUAAUAAGUAAAAAGCACACAUUAAAAUUUGAGAGAAGAGGAGGCGUAACUAGUCACUGGAAACCUGGGACUAGUCCUGGUACUAUUGGAAUGAGCCGUCCAGAAAAUGAGAACUUUGCUACCCCUGGAAAGUACAAAAUUCAAACUUCAACUGGAAUAAAUACUAAAGUGAGUGAAUCAGUAACCACUGCUAACCUGCCUAUGAGCUCAGUAAAUGAGCAAGUGGGAAAUGGGGCAGUCUUGCAGACUGUCAAUCAAUCCACUAAAUCCAACAGUGUGGACAGAGUUUCAGAAGAAGGAGGUGCUUUUGGCGUGACCAUGGAAAUGGGUUUGAGCAUUAAGGGGAGCUCAAGCACACAAAAUGAAGAAGAUGAGGACUAUGAAGAGAAGGUGGAGGGGCUGAGAGUGACCAGGUCUGUUAAGAGACAGGCACAGUGGAUGUGGAAUGAUCAGCGCAUGACGGAUGGUGUGGAAAAUGGUGGCACUUUGAGACUUCCUGCGCUUCGGCUGACUGACUCUGGGAACUACAGCUGCUAUAGGAGAGGCAAACUAGUUUCAUCAAUAAAAAUCAGUGUUGGCAUCCCUCCAGAGAGCCCUACCUUGUCAUGCUACAAGAAAUCCCACAUCAGCAAAAUCCGGUGUGAGUGGAUAUCUAGACAGCCUAUCAUCCCACAGCCUCAGUGCUACCUGCUCCUCUGGAAAGGGUUGGAAAGACCCAUCUCUGUGAAUUGCUCAUAUUCUGCGAAUCGCUCUCGUUGUUGGUGUGUGCUACCCAGUGAAGGGGGUGAUAGAAAAUCAUAUACAGCUAAACUGUGUGUGACAAACACAGCGGGCAGUGCCACCAGCUCUCCAUACAAAUAUGUUUCUCAAGAUAUCAUUAAGCCAGAUCCUCCAGCUCGAGUUGUAAUAAGGCCAGUCACGGGUGAGCCACACACACUGAAGGUCUCCUGGUCUUUACCUGCCACAUGGAAGCGGAGCUAUUACUAUAUUCUUCACUUCCAACUAAGAUAUCGUCCUCGACAUGCCAAAGAGUUUCAGCAGGUGGAAAUAGAAGAUACAGACCUGUUUUGGUUGAUUUCAGACGCUUUGUCACACACUGAGUACGAGAUACAGAUUCGAGCAAAAGAUGAGUUUGACGGCGAGUGGAGUGACUGGACCAGUCCUGUCUAUGAAUACACAUGGUCAGCUCCAGAAACUACUGUUGCCCCUGACGUUUACACAAGUCUGGAGCCAGUCUGGACAUUUCCCGAAGGUUCUGGGGAAUGGGAAGAUGAAGUGGAGAUAAGGCCUGCUGCUGAUGGUGAUAAAGGAUUGUGGGUUCAUGUGCUGUGGGUGGUGGGACUCUGUCUCUUUAUCACCAUUGUUACACUCAUAAUCUACUUUCUCAGACACAAAAUGCCGUUGUUCUGGCCUAAAAAGAGCAAGGAGCGUGCCUGUUCGUCCUCGUCUUGUUCGUCUCCUUCCCCUCUUCUUCAGCAGCCCCUGAUGAAUCAGAAGAGCGAUCAUCAGGAAGGGGAAGCGAACGCCAUCCACUUACACAACGUGGAUUACUUUUUUCCUGCCUGUGAAUCUUAUAGGUCUUGAGCAAGCAAGCUGUUUUAUCGGAAAGCAAAACAUGCACACACACACACACACACACACACACACACACACACACACACACACACACACACACUAGCUAAAUAAGCUAAUUAAUCCUAUGUCUACUCCUGCACAAAACCCUAAUCUUGAUCUCCUAAAACAGGAGUCUAUUUUUAGGUCUCUCUCUCUCUCUUUCCCUGUCUCUCUUUCUCUCUAGUGUUGAAUGUUUUUAGCUGCUACAAUAUGCUGAGAUUCAGACCUGUUACUUUGUUAAAAUUCUUCUCAUAUGUACAUAUAUUGUUUUAUUUUUAUGCAUCCUUCAUUCCCACAAUAAGCUUAUUAAGGUGUUGUUCAUAAUCUGUACAUUUGAAUUUGAUCUGUUUAGCUUAAUAAAGUGUGCAGUAUUUUUGUGAAA